AUGGCGAGCGACGAACAGAAGGUGUUGCUUUCGAGUGUGCUGCCGCCAUUGAUUUUCGGCACUGCGACGUUCAAUUACCAGUACAACCCCGACCCGUACGAAUUGGACCCGCCAGGACUCGUCAAGACUGCGUUGGAGCACGGCAUUAGAGCCUUCGAUACAUCGCCUUACUACGGUCCUUCGGAAGACAUUCUCGGCGCUGCCCUCGAUACCGACUUCGUUCACGAGAAUUUCCCGCGCAAUGACUUCUUCCUCAUCACGAAAUGCGGUCGCAUCGCCAACGACGAAUUCGACUAUUCGAAAGAGUGGGUGCGACACAGCGUACAGCGCAGUCUUCAGCGACUACAGACACCAUACCUCGAUUUGGUCUAUUGUCAUGACGUGGAGUUUGUCACAGAAGACGAGGUUAUGGAAGCGAUACGCGAGCUACGGAGAAUACGAGACGAGGAAGGGACGAUCAAAUACGUUGGUAUCUCUGGGUACCCGGUGCCAGUGCUGUGCUCGCUCGCGACUCGAGUUCUGCGCGAGACGGGCGAGCCACUCGAUGCGGUAAUGUCGUAUGCGAACUACACGCUGCAGAAUCAACUGCUUGCAUCUACGGGCAUCAAGCAAUUGAAAGAGGCAGGCGUGGACGUUGUGCCCAACGCCUCCCCACUCGGCAUGGGACUCCUGCGACGAGGCGGCGUACCUGUCGGUAGUAUGGGCAAUUGGCAUCCAGCCAGCAACGGCCUCCGCGCAGCCGUCAAACGCGCCAGCGACUUCUGCGACCGCCACGACGAGAAGCUCGAAGUCAUCGCCAUCCGCUACGCCCUCGAGCAGUGGCUCAAGAUCGGCGCAUCAGUAGGCUCACGCGGCGACCCUGCCUCUGGCAUUCCCUGGAAGCGCGAGUCCAAUGCGCAAGUCGGCGGCGACAGACUGGGUGUGAGUGUUAUAGGCGUGAGCAAAGCCGGCGAACUCGAAAAGACGAUGCAAGUCUGGCGCAGUAUCCUCGACGGCCUCGAGAACGGUGCAGAGACAGCACGUCUCGCAGGUCGGUGGAAGCGCGACCACGAGUGGAGUCUCAACCGUCAGAGAGCUGUGCAGAUUCUCGCCGAUGGGAUUCAAGAGCAUUUGGAUGAGUACCUCGAUUAUACGUGGGCGAGUGGGAACGAUGCGGGCACUCGAGGUGCUGCAGAGGGCUGGACGCCUUUUGUGAACAAGCGUGCGAAGUCGAAGCAGGCGGCGGGAAAUGGUACCCAGUCCGAAGAUGCGCCUCCGCCAUGGUUGACCCCUGCGCAAAGUCCGCAACCCAAUCAUGAGCCCGAUGAGAUACCCCCGACGCUGCCUUUGCGAUAA